AUGUUACAAUUCUGGGGUGAGGUAUUAAUUGUCUUACUUGUUUGCUGUGUGGCCUACUUCUACUGGUCCCUGUAUCGACUACACCUGAGAUAUAACCAUUUACCAGGACCUCCACUAGACAGCUUCAUAGGCGGAAAUGCCCCUUCACUCAUCAAGCAUAUCAAGGAAGGAGGACAUUUCUUUUCUUACGUUCUACAGAAUGCUCAAAAGUACGGACGAACUUUCCGGCUAAUCAUUAUGAAUCAGGCUAUUGUUUUUACGACCGACCCUACAGCUAUUAAGGAAAUGGUAGUCUCUAACCACAAAAAACCCAAACAAGUCUAUGGAACGAUGGGACAUAUCUUCGGAGAAAGGUUUUUAGGGGAUGGGCUACUGACAGAGAGUGACCACAGCCGCAGCAAGGACAACAUGCUUAGGCCAAAACUGCAACAUUGGUUUCAGAGGAGCCAGAUGAGGAAAUUGAUGAGUGAAUUCAACGGAUCCGCUGAUGCUUUAGUGAGGAAGCUCAGUCACCAAUCUGACGGUCACACGCAAAUUAACAUGUUCAACGAGUUCAACCAUAUCGCAUUGGACUUAAUUGGAAAGGUCGCUUGCAGCGAAGACUUUGAAACCAUCAACAGUGACACAAAUCCAUUUAGCAGGGCUUUCCGUGAUGUAUUUGAAGGCAUCAUAAAAAAUGGAAGAAAUCCUCUCAUGAUGUACAACCCGAUGAACUGGGCUUACUGCCGAAGUGUGAGAAAAUCGUGCUCCUUCCUCAGACAAUACUGUUCAUCAAUGAUAGACGAGAGACUUGCCGCCAUUUCUGACAAUAACUAUGUUCCUGACGACAUUCUCACACAUAUGGUACGAGUUAAAGAGCCGAAAACGAAGCACGACAGGCAGAUUCUCCUGGACAAUUUCUUGACGCUUUUCUUGGCGGGCCAGGAGACCACGUCCUGUCUAUUGUCUUUCUGUUUAAUAAGCCUUGGAAAGCAUCCCCAUAUCUUAAAAAGACUUAGAGAUGAAAUAGACAGAGUGGUUGGUGAAAAACCUUCUGUAGAAUUCGAGGAUCUCUGCGAAGUACAUUACUUAGAUAUGGUAAUACAAGAGACCUUGAGAAGAUACCCGCCAAGUGCUGCAACCUAUCGGGAGUCUAACCACAACGAUGUCAUCGAUGGCUUCCCCAUACCAAAGGAAACGGCAGUCUGUUUCAGUAUGUACGUUUUGUCCAACCAGGAAGAGUAUUUCUCUGAUCCAUUAGAGUUUCAACCAGAGAGAUUCAGCGAGGAAAACAGAAAACGAAUCGGUAAUUAUAAAUACUUUCCUUUCUCAAUGGGUCCACGGACAUGCAUUGGGAAACAUUUUGCGGAGAUAGAGUCGAAGAUAAUACUGGUGAAAUUCUUACAGUGGUUCAACUUUACUUUGGUUCCGGAUCAGUCAACUGACAUUGAGGAAAUGCUUCUCCAUAGGCCGAAAGAUGGCGCUUUAUGUACGUUAACAUUACGUGACCGAUGA